AUGAGAAUCUUGUUGAGGUUUUUGGUUCUUCUGGUGUUGAUUGCAUUAGCAGAAUCUACAUGCAACGGCACAGACCAAGAACAUAUCUUUAUGGCUUUCAAAUCAAUAGCAGGUUUCAAUCUAUCUUGGCUUCAUCAACAACAAGAUCAUCAAUCGAACUGGUCACGCCCGCCCAUCAUAGAAAUAAUGCUCCCCUCCAAAAAUCUUAGUGGGAUCGUAUUAUGGAAGUACGUCGGAAACAUGUCACAGCUGAGUACCCUUGAUCUCUCAAGCAACAAUCUCAAGGAAUAG